UAACAAUCACAGUUACCAAACAAUAAACAUUUUAAAUUCUGUUUUCAACAAUCCGAAAAGUUAGAAUCUUUAGAUUGCUGACAAACUGUAGAUUUAAACUCAUAUUCUCCAAACGACCCCUUAAAUGUGUACAAUGUCAGUAUUGUCCACGUUCAAUGAAAUAACAGGACAAUAUAUUUGAUUACUAUUGUCGAAUUAUUUAAGCUUAUCAUUUUUUAAAAAUUGAGGAAAAAUAAAUAUAGCUAUAUGGGUAACUUGGCCAACGGUAUUUAUUAAUUAUUAUGCUAAUAAGUAAUGUUUGAUGCACACAGAUGGUCACUAAUCGCCGGAAGACUGCCGGGAAGAACAGCCAACGACGUGAAGAACUACUGGAACUGCCACCUCAGCAAGCGGCUCGGCCCUCAAGACGUCGACCAAACUCAAGACACCAAGCUCCAGCUCGCCGCCAACCCUUCCCCAGCCUCCCCAGGCGCUGCCGUCGAGAUAAUCAGGCCCCACCCAAGGAGCAUCUCAGCCGCCGCAGCAAGGCCGCCGAGCCCCAACUACGGCGCCUUUCAAGAAGAGCAGGGCAGCACGUCGACGGUGCCGCCGCCGCCGCCGUCAAUGCUGUUCGUGGAGGACAACGGCGGGGAGAGCAGCAGCUGGGUGAUUCACAGCAGCAGGGGGAAGGAUGGAGGGAUGGGGAUGGGGAGCUGUUGCUAUCAGGGGAUGGAAGAUCACCAUCAAGACAGCGGGAUAUUGGCCGGCGGCGGCGCUGUCGCCGGCGAGGAGAUGAUCGGGAUGGACUUCCGGUUCGAGCAAGUUCAGGUGAGCUGCGGUGACGAGAGCUGCAGCAGCAAGUGGGAUUGGGAUGACUUGAUCUGUGACAUGGAUCUUUGGGGGGAGUCCCUCUAGAUUCGUUAAUUAAUAAAUUAGUUUCAUUUGCUUUAAUUUGUUGCUUAGUAAUUUGAUUUUAUAUUAAAACUCGAUUAAUUAGUAUAUUAGUUUAUAGUUGGUACGUUUAAUUGAUUAUUCUGCUUAUAAUAAAUGUUAUGGAUUGUUGGAGAAGAAAAAUUAUUUAUGCAUGUUUUCUGUUUCUAGAUUACUAGCUCGUGCCGAAAAUUUGUAUGGUAGAAACUUAAUCAAGUGUGUCGUCCAAGGUUCGUAUUUUUCUGUGGAUCUUUGCAAGAGAAUCGUUAGCUACUGAAGUUCGAGUAGUGGAGAAGUGCCAAAACCGCGGGGAUUCAUGUCUUUUCUGCAAUCUCGAGGAAACCCAUACACAUUUGUUUUACGAAUGUGCAUGGACCAGCCCGGCUGUAGAGCGCAUCACAUGUGGCCACUACAAGAAAACCUAUCUUUGGAGUCAAAUAAUUAGAGACAAUUGUUGUAUUAGUUUCUAUAUUUAAUCUACGACUACAAAUAUAUUAUGUGCCUCAAUAUAUCAUGUUAGAAUUU